UGGCAAACUCGAAUUUCCUCUAUGGUCAAGUAAACAACGAUUCUCAAAGAUCAACAGCCAGGUCAGAAUCACAGUGACCAAAAGCCCAGUUAUAGGACAGUAAUCCAGUCCCUAGCUGCCCAAUUACAAAUCAUUACAACCGUGUUCAGCUCUUCAAUCAAGUGUCAUUACGACAGUGCCCAGCUGCCCAAUUACAAGUGGUUACCAUAGUGCUCAGCGGCCUUGUUACGGAGCAUCCAUCACCUGUCUGUAGGUUUAAACAGUUGUGGACGAACAAAAGAAAUUACGGCUCAAGCCAUGGGACUUAGGAGACUCCUUGCUAGAAAAAUGGGAACAUUUAUUUUUUGUCUUCCAGCUCUGUUCACGCUGGCAACUGCUCAAGAAAAUUCAUUGUGGGCCAAUGGAAAGCCAGAGUCAAUGCCAAAGCUUGUCACGCUUGAUGUUGUUUGUGGAAAAGACCAUAUGUCAGUCCAUUUGGAAUUCAGUGCGCCUUUUUAUGGACACGUGUUUUCUAAAGGUCAUUAUGGACACGAUAACUGUGUGUAUGUGAAACCUCAUUCAGGUCUAACGUACGUAGAUUUUAACAUAUAUUAUGCUAAUUGUGGAACUAAGCCAGAUCUGAAUGGAAAAUUUUACGAAAACACCAUCAUCAUCCAGUAUGGGACGGACAUCAUAGAAGCAUGGGAUGAAGCCAAAAGACUACGAUGCGAGUGGUAUGAUUCUUAUGAAAAGGAGGCUAAGAAAGGGUUGCUCAAGAUAGCCGAACUGGAAGUUGUAGAACUGGACUUUCAAGGAGAUAACGUCGACUGUUGGAUGGAAAUUCAAGAAGGGAAAGGCCCGUGGUCUAACCAAGUUUCCGGCAUCAUACCAAUAGGUAGUCCACUGACUAUGGUCAUCGCAAUCAAUGACUAUGAAGGUCAGUUCGACAUGAGAGUCAAGUCCUGCUAUGCACAUGACAGUAUCAAGCCACCAGUUGCUUUAACAGAUGAGUAUGGGUGUGUCCUAAGACCUAAAAUGUUAACCCCAUUUCGUAAAGUUCGUGAUUAUAAUGGACGUGCAACAGUGAUAUCUUAUUCACAUUUUAAUGCAUUUAAGUUCCCUGAUACAGUUGCAGUGUACAUUGAAUGCUCAGUAGAAAUAUGUCGACAUGGAUGUCCUGACAGUUGUCAGAAGCUACCUUAUCUUCCUUUGCCUUCUCACCUCAAACAGGCAACUAGCCUUCCUGAUGAGGAAUAUGUACCAUUGGAACAAAAUAUAGAUAAUGGUUAUCAUUCAUCUGGAAAUCCUCUAGACUCUUCCUACCCAUUACCCAGGGAUCCUCAAACCAAACCAGGACAUCCAAAUCCUGCAAUAUAUUCUAACAACAAAGUACCCCUAAAACCAAAUGUUGAAGAGCAUGAUCUACUCAAAAAGCCAAAUGAUAAAGAGCACAAUUUACCGAGUAAACCUACUUAUGAAGAAAAACAUAUAAAUCAGCAACUGAGUUAUGAAGCAGUCGAACUACAAGAUUAUAAAGAUCACCAUUUAGCUCAGAAACCGAAUUACGAAACAUACUACAUACCUCAAGAAUCAAACUAUCAACAAAAUCUUCCACCUCAAAAAACAAUUCACACACAAGGCAAUGCAGAAGUAUAUCAUCAGGAAAAGUAUUCUGGAUCUCCAAAUAUCCCCAAAGAUGAAAGUGGUGAUUAUGAGCCCAUAGCAGAACCGGUUCCACAGCUUAAACCUAUAAAAUCUGGUCCUCAGUUGUCAUUAGUUACACAACAAGGCUCUCCAGGUUAUUAUAACAGAGAAAAAGAAGUUCCCAUAUACCAUGAAUCUAGACCAAAUUCCCAGUAUGUACAGUCAUCUCAUGAGAACAUUGGUUAUGGUAAUCAAAACAGACCACAUGCUCAAUCCUCUGCCUACAGGCCUCAAAGGAUUCCACUGAAAUCUCCCGUGGAUCGUCCACCUUAUCCUUAUCCAGUCCCUCAGUUUCAACAUCCCAGACAGCCCACUAAUGGUGGAAUGAUGAUGAUGGGUCAGUUUGCUGAUCGAGCAGAUACAAUUGAUUCCACUGGAUUUUCUGUGCAGGAUUUUCAGUUUCCUCAUGGGCCUCGUUCACUUCGUACUAGACGUGAAACUUCAGAUGGUGAAGUUCUUGGAGUUCAGCAGAUUUAUCGUGCUUUGGCGUCGGUGGACUUAGCGUUUGAACCUAACGCGACUAGAGACAGUGCAGUUGUCUUUUCAGGCAGACGCGAAGAAAUUGUCUAUGGCGUAUGCUUGCCACUGCCAGGGUUCAUAGCUGGAUUAAGUCUCCUAUUGUUAUUGACCGUCUGUUCGUUAUGCAUCACGGGGUAUCUCUGGUAUCACUGGCGACUCCAGGAAAUGAAAAAAGACACUAAAACGAGUCUCACGGCGAAAAUUUUCAACGGAAGGCUGUUUUAUUAUUAUAGGAACCGCAAAGCUCAUUACUAAUUUACAGUAGUUAAAAAAGUAAUUUAAUCUUGACUAUGAUAAUACGAAAAGGAAUUUGAGAAUGUUAAGGGCUCAGUUUAUUUAUUAUAGCAAAAUGUAGAUAGUUACUUAUUUAUAAGCACGAGUUUUUACACACAUACACAUUAUAUAUACGAAUUAGUUAUAAGCUCUCCAUAUAAUCAA